AUGACUGGUCAUUUCCUGAAAAAUAUUGGGCUCCCCUAUAGCUUUGUCGUCCCUGUGCAAUCGGAGGCAUUCAUGGAUACGCAUCCGGAUGUCCUUCUCGCGCAUAGUCGUUUAGUUUGGAUUACCAAGAAGAUAGCUGCAGGUCACGAUGAGGAGUAUCAGGAACCAAACGAGCUACUGCUUGUUGGCUACAAGAAGAAAAUGGACAUGGGUUAUCAUGACGAUGGUGAAAAGGUUCUGGGGCCAACCGUGGCCACCCUCUCCCUAGGGGCAACAUCGACUAUGUUUCUCCGGAUGAAGACCAAAUACUUUACCGGUCUUCAUCAAACCGGUAAUGGUAUUAAUCUUCUCAAGGACGACCCUGUUUUGCCUGGCUGUCUUCUUUACGAUAGCCGAAGGGCCCUGAAAGAACAAUAUGAACAGGGUUUGCUCACAGAGCUUGAAUAUGAUGAGGGGCGGCGCAAGAUACUCAAGUCGACGUCGGAUUCGUUCCCGCGGAUAAAAAUGGAACUCCACCAUGGUCAUAUGGUGGUUAUGCACGGCGCAGACCUUCAAAGAUACUACGAGCAUUCGGUGGUCCCUGAUGGAGGCCUCCGCUUUGCGGCAACGGCACGGUACAUCAAGGAGCAUACUGUGAAGCCAGAGGAUAUCUGGAUGGGUCGGUACGAACUGCCAUCUGGCCAGGCUUACAGCGGGGAAUGA